AUGCAGCAGCAGCAGCAGCAGCAGCAGCACCACCACCACCAUCAUAUGCAGCAGCAGCAGCAGCAGCAGCAGCAGCAGCAGGAGAUGCAGCAGAUGGACGAGGAGGAGGACGAACAGCAGCAGCAGCAGCAAAUACAUGAGCUACGGCUGCUGCAGCAGCAGCAGCAGCAGCAGCAGCAGCAGCAGCAGCAGUAUAUUGCUUCUCUCUCUGCUGAUAUAUGGGGGCCCCCAGGGGGCCCCCCUAUAGCAGCAGCAUAUACAGAGGAGGAGAUAUAUAGAGAGAAAGAAAAAAAAGAAAAAGAAAAAAAAGAAAAAGAAAAAAAAGAAAAAGAAAGAGAAGGAGAAAUAUAUUAUGAUGAUGGAGAGGUGUGGGGGGUAGUAAGCAGCAGCAGCAGCAGCAGCAGCAGCAGCAGCAGCAACGCAGUAGAAGCAGCAGAAGCAGCAGCAGCAGCAGCAGCAGCGGGAGCAGCAGCAGCAGCAGCAGCAACUGCAGCAGCAGCAGCAGCAGCAGCAUACGAAGAAGAAGAAGAAGAAGAAAUAUAUAGUUAUAGGGACUUGCUGCUGCAGCAGCAGCAGCAGCAGCAGCUGCAGCUGCAGCAGCUUGCAGCAACGCACUCUACCCCCCCCUACAAUACAUACAGCAGCAGCAACAGCAGCAGCAGCAGCAGCAGCAGCAGCAGCAGCAGCAGGGAAGCAGCAGGAGAGCGUAUAUGUGUGCUUGUUAAUAAAGAGAUAGAAGCAACAUGUAUACGCACCAUAGCAGCAACAGAAACAUACAAAUGCAUGCAGCAGCAGCAGCAGCAGCAGCAGCAGCAGCAGCAGCAGCAGCAGCAGCAGCAGCAGCAGCAGCAGAUAUGUAAAGAUAUAAUAGUAAGAGAACCAGUGUACGUGCAGCAGCCCUAUAGAUGUAUACAGCCGCAGCAGCAGCAGCAGCAGCAGCAGCUGCCGCAGCUGCAGCAGCAGCAGCAGCUGCAGCAGAAGCAGCAGCAGGUGCUGCAGCAGCAGAAGCAGCAGCUGCAGCUGCAGCAGAAGCAGCAGCAGCCCUAUAGAUGUAUACAGCAGCAGCAGCAGCAGCAGCAGCAGCAGCUGCCGCAGCAGCAGCAGCAGCUGCUGCCGCAGCAGCAGCAGCAGGUGCUGCAGCAGCAGAAGCAGCAGCUGCAGCAGCAGCAGCAGCAGCAACGGCAGCAGCAGCAGCUGCAGCAGCAGCAGCAGCAGGAGCAGCUGCUGCUAUAA